GCAAGAGGACAUGCGAAAGUACGCUGGACUGAAUCUAGAAACGCCGGCUCCAAUACUGCCUAUACACAGAAUUACACUGAAGAAGUAGAAUAUUUCAGCCAUAAAGACAUCUUAAUUGGGCACGAAAGAGGUAAGUUUUCAUAUUGUUCAGUAGUCAUUAGACCUAUUUUCUUUGGAAAAGUAAUUUUCUGAAUUAAUGUAAGUCUAUUUUUACCAUAACACAGCAGUUUGAUGAAGGCUAGCAAAGUUGGAAGAUGUGGAUUCUCCUUGACAUUCAUCGUGUAUUAGCCGUAAUGCAUGCGGGCAUCUGCAAAGUGACUGCAAACUGCACUUAUUCAGCUACUUCUAGUGCGCACUUGCAAUCCAAAUGGAUUGCAAAUGCACCUUACUUAUAAAUUCUGCUUAAAUCUAAUUCAGUAAUUUUACUAAUAUGUUUUCAAAUAAAUUGCUAAAAGCUACAGCCCAGUAUUAGAUUUUCUAUUUUACAUUACAGCCUUAGCUCUAAAAGCGAGUUUCAGUGAAGAAAUGGAACAUUUUUCAAUGGGUAAUAGGUGUAUUUCAUUUUUAGUAGUGACAUCCAGGAGACUUUGUAAAGAUUGAUCAUUGUUCUUUGAUAAAGAAAGGGUUUCCCAUGGCUUAUUUUGACAUAUGGUAUUAACACCCCCACGUGUUUUUCCCCUCUUCUUUCCAAUUCCUUUAGAAAUUUACAUCAAGCACUCUUUAUUUUAAAGGACAAUAUCUACCAUUAUGAUAGGUUUCAAGUCAGUUUUAGAAGCCAUUUGGGGUCAGUAAUUUUGUUUUCCGAGCAUGAUGUGUAACUUUGGAACGUGCAUUCAAUGAAACCUGUGCCAGUCAAAUGGAAUUGAAAAGUAUUCGGCACAUUGCAUUUGAUUUUUGGUUUGAAAAGGGGGAUAAAGGGUUGUCAAAGGGAGAAGGGGCCCUGAGAUUUCCAGUCUAUUGUUUAAAUGGUUACAUUGUGGAAAUAUAGGAGACUCUAAGCUUGUUUUUCUAAGUUUCCACCCUUUGUUAGAAGCGGUUCAAUCCUGUUUCGGACCAGUUCUGGGGGGUGGUGAGGAGGGGCGCUUGUUCUGCUCUCAGCAGAUUGGUUACACGCGUCAGGUGGUGGCGAUGACUUAAUUCCUAGCCCAAGAAGAAUAUAAUGUUAAAAAUGGUUAUGUAAUUUUUGUGCUUCUCCUUUUUAAUACAGCAUUUAGUUCAAAUGACGAUUUUUUCAGAAAUAAAAGUACAGUUUUACCUCCUUUUUUAUUUAAAAAAUAUACAUCCCGGGGGAGGUGCUAAUUGAACUAAGGCAAGUAUAGAAAUGAUGAUUUGAGUUACAGUAUUAACAUUAUUUUGAAAACAUUAAGGUGAAAUCAAUUAUUUUAAUAGGGUUUUCAUUAUUGUACAUAGGUAGUUUGCAUACUGAAAUAAUUCCUGAUUAAUCUCUCCAAGCGUUAACUCUUAUACGAAAUGCAAAUGCCUAAUGAUAGUCCUGGUAUUUGCUGAAAAGCAGACCUAGGAGUUAGCGUAUGUGAACCUUCAGGAGAUUGCAGCCUUUCAUAAAAUGGAUGGAAAGAAACAAAGGUUUUUCUUUAAGAAGUUGAGACUUGCAAUAGGGGAAAGUAGAACAAUGAGUGUGGGGACAAAUACAAUUGCAUUAGUUGCUCUAUGAUUUCAUGGUAAAGAAACUGUCCCGAACCCCAUAAGAUGCCCCUAACCCCUGCAAAGUGUGGACGAGCGCUUAGCCUGGAAUAGUUUCAAUGGCUUAAAAACUGGGACCUCUCAAACAAACCUGGUAACGGAGACCCCGCCUCGGGCGGCCCGCGAUAGGUGGAGCGGGGUUUGUUAGCCUGUUGCUAAGGCGAUGCCAGGCACUGAUUGGAUUGGGCGCCGGCGGGCGGGUGGGCAGAGUGGGCUCUGGGGCGAGGCUUGGAACCGGCGUGCGCCGGUAAAGGUCCCUCCAGACCGGCCGCCUCUUUUCCUACUCGCGUCCCUCCCGGGGCUUUUCGAGGCGUCCUGCGCCCUUGUUACGUCAUGCUGUCACCCCUUACCCCGGCUUGGUUGGGGCACUGAAAAAAAUGAUUUCAGGCUUCAAUAGAGGAGAGAAGCUUCUGCUGACCUUUAAGGUGCUGAAUGGCCCUGAACGCAACUUUAGCUGGAGAUCUUACUCAGAGGUGGGGUGGGUCGGGUAGCAGGACACCAUUUUCCUGUUUUCCCAAAGUGUGAAGUGGCUUCUGCGAAAGGUUCUUUCCUCUAAGCUGAAGCAAAGUGUAUUUCCCUCAUACUUAAUAAGUCACCAGACCAGCUACCUUGAUUUGACCCGAGGGGAGAGAUGGUAAAGGCUGGUCAAGAGCAGAAAUGUUUCUAAUAAAUUUGGGUGGGGGUGCUUUGGCAAGUAUUCCCUUUCCCCUCACCCAUGUUUCUCCGUGCCUAUCACCCCCUCACCCCACUUAAACCGCCCCACUUUCCCUCACCGCAGAUUGUAAAGGUGUCAGAGUGGCCCGAGCCAGAUCUAACCGGUCACUGGCUGGCGCAUGUAAAGCGGAAGCGCCGCCGCGCGCUCGCCCCGCCCCGGUUGAGCAAGCUAGGCUGUGCGCGGGCGCGAGCGCCGCGCGACAUAUGCCGUAUGUAUAGCGCGCGGGCGGCGGCGGCGCGCGGGCGGGCCGGCUGGGAUCUGCUCGCGCCGGUUUAGGCCGGUCCUCUCCUGCUCCGGUCUAGUUCUUGAUUGACAGCUCGGCACUUGUUUACCACGGCGCGGCCGCCGCAGCUCGCCUCAAUGAGACUGCUGAGCUGGCACAAAAAGGGAGCGAGUAGGGAAGAGACGGAGAGGAAGGCAAACUUUGGGCGCCUUCGAGGGGAGAGAAUUUAAAUGACCCCAAUUCGCUAGCCAGUUUUUGAUACAGAAAUCCUUUGAGAGAAUUUGCGCAGGGGACGACGAAGAUAGUACUUAGAUGUAAACGAAUCACCGUAGUUUUUUAAUAAAAGCCGACAUGUAUUUUUUGUUUUACUGUUAUCGUUCGAUGUAAGAGAAGCCAGCUCACGUUUUUUGUGCAUAUUCAAGUUUGCUGAGGGGAAGUUAAACGUAAUACCAGUUUUUCGUUAUUUCAUGGUUAAUUAUAAAGGUUUCUACGCCGAGAAAACUACAUAAAUAAGACAUACGAGUAUAUUAUCUAAUGCAGGACGCUGAAAUCAUCUUAAAAAUCCAGAACCCCUCUCACAUUUUUAAUAGCAUUUGUGUUCGUGACAAUGAAGAAAGUAAUGCAUUUGGCUAAAAGAAAUUGGUUAUAAAACGAAAGGUCAUCCCUUUUCUAGCAAUUGGAAACAAACUUUAUUAGACUUCGUUUUUCAAGAAUGUGGGAAUGUUUUCAGAUGAUGAUAAUUCCGAAGAAGGCUUCAACACCAUUCAUUCAGGAAGGCAUGAAUAUGCAUUCAGCUUUGAGCUUCCACAGACACCACUUGCUACCUCAUUUGAAGGCCGACAUGGCAGUGUGCGCUAUUGGGUGAAAGCCGAAUUGCACAGGCCUUGGCUUCUACCAGUAAAAUUAAAGAAGGAAUUUACAGUCUUUGAGCAUAUAGAUAUCAACACUCCUUCAUUACUGUCACCCCAAGCAGGCACAAAAGAAAAGACUCUCUGUUGCUGGUUCUGUACCUCAGGCCCAAUAUCCUUAAGUGCCAAAAUCGAAAGGAAGGGCUAUACCCCAGGUGAAUCAAUUCAGAUAUUUGCUGAGAUCGAGAACUGCUCUUCCCGAAUGGUAGUGCCAAAGGCAGCCAUUUACCAAACACAGGCCUUUUAUGCCAAAGGGAAAAUGAAGGAAGUAAAACAGCUUGUGGCUAACUUACGUGGGGAAUCUUUAUCAUCUGGAAAAACAGAGACGUGGAAUGGCAAAUUGCUGAAAAUUCCACCAGUUUCUCCCUCUAUUCUUGACUGUAGUAUAAUUCGUGUGGAAUAUUCACUAAUGGUAUACGUAGAUAUUCCUGGAGCUAUGGAUUUAUUUCUUAAUUUGCCACUUGUCAUUGGUACCAUUCCUCUACAUCCAUUUGGUAGCAGAACUUCAAGUGUAAGCAGUCAGUGUAGCAUGAAUAUGAACUGGCUUGGUUUAUCUCUGCCUGAAAGACCUGAAGCACCACCAAGCUAUGCAGAAGUGGUAACAGAGGAACAAAGGCGGAACAAUCUUGUACCAGUGAGUGCUUGUGAUGACUUUGAGAGAGCACUUCAAGGACCACUGUUUGCAAUUAUCCAAGAGUUUCGAUUCUUGCCUCCACCUCUUUAUUCAGAGGUUGAUCCAAAUCCUGAUCAGUCAACAGAAGAUAGACCAUCAUGCCCCUCUCGUUGAAGGAAUACUUGUUUAAAUCAGGUUGAUGUGGGUUCCGAACUAUAUCUCUUCCCGGCUGAGGACAGAGGAAGUAUCUUGGAGACACGUUUUCAGAGGAAGUGGAAUUGCUUUUGCCCAGAAAAAUGGCAAAUACACGAAACAACCAGCGAUCAUGCUUUAGAAGCCUAUAGCAACAUUCUGGGACUGCUCCAACAUGCUUGAAGAUCUAAGCUUUUCUUCUUUAAAACUGGCACAUACUAAGAGCAGUCUUCUUAGCCUAUGGGGUCAUACGUGUCAAGACACCAUGUUGUAAAAGAGGGAUGAUUUCCUCCUUUUGAUUUGAAAAUUUGCACAUGCUCAAUGCUUACAUUGUGCGGUUCAAUGUCACUACAGCUUUUUUUUCCCCCCCCCAUUUAUGGCAGACUCUUAAUACUCUUUUAAAACUUGCUUGUGGUCAGCACAAGGAACAAAAGAAAGCUUUGAAAAAACUUUAACAUGAAAAAAACGCACUGACAUUUUUUAUUUAAUAUAGCCUGGGCUUUACCUGCGUAUGCACAUGCUCAGAAUUGUUCUACUAGGCUGACCAUGUAUCACCUCUUCAGCUUGGAUCCUAUUGUGGAUUUAUUUACAAACAUCAAAUGCCUUCAAGCCAAUCCUUCUUGCUGUAUGUUUUGCAGCCUACUGUAGUAGAUACGCAACAGAUAAUGUGGGAAACAAGAAAGAGGAGGAAGCUAAUAAGAGACUGUUAAGAUUGUGUAUCUUGGUUUCUUUUAAGAAUUUGUUGCCUUUCUACUAUUACAGCAAAGCAGCAUUUUGUUACUGACUGCCUAAAAUCACUUAAUCUCAGGUGAACGCAUCACUUGCCAAACUGUUGAAAUGCUAUUUGUGUUUUGUUGCACUGUUGAGUUAAUUUUUUUGUUGUUGUUGUUUGGUUGGCUUUUUAGAGAGGGAAAUUUGGAAAAGGGACAUACACAAAAGUGAUAACCCACCCACAUUCCCUUUUUAUCAUUAUACACAUGAGAAGAAAUUAGCAGAGUUAAGAAUAAAGAAAGGCAGUAUGGCAGGCACCAGCAAAGAGUUAAGGGCCAUUGCUCUUAAAAAUUAUUAUUUUUAUUGUUAUUUUAAAUGUAUGGAAGUUUUCCAGUUACCAGGGAAAGGAGGAGAAAGUGCAUUUAUUUCUGUACAAAGUUACUCAAUUACCUCCAAAACAUAAUAUGUUGGAAAUCGUUUUUGCUGGUGGAAAGUAUUUUAAUGAGCAGGAAUAUGUUGACUAGAGAGCUUAGUUUAUACAUUUGCUAUCCUGCUCAAGCUUGACAGAGCAUGGAAACCCAAGUUUAUUCUAAAAAUGUAUAACUUCAGAAUUAAAAAUAGUAGAAUGUGUUCUGGGAUAAUAACUGUUUUGUAUUUUUGUUUUUACUUUUUAAAGGAAAUUUUUUUCCAUUUCCUAAACAUUUUACUAAACAUGAGAAAUCAUUCACUUGGGUAUAUAUAGAUAAGAUACAAAGAAUGAUCAAUCAGUAAAUUACAGUUUAUAUUGAAGAGAAUUUACAGUUGGCUCAUAAAUAUACCAGCAUUCAUAAUGAUGUUUAAAAUUGCAUUUUCCAGUGUACCAAGUGUACUACUAUUUUUUUUUUUUUUUAAGAUGGAAUUCAGCUCUGAUGUUUUUAAUAAAAAUCAGCAUCUCUGAUGUUGCAACGUAGUGUGAAAUGGGUGUCACAUCUAUCCUGCCAUUUAGUCCCACAGUUAAUAAAGUGGCUGAAAAUAAUUGUAAGUCUGGCUUGGUGCUUGACCUGGUUAAAUACUGUCUUAAAGCUUCAUACAAAACAAAUAGGCUUUUCCAUAAGUGGCCUUUACGAAAACAUGGAAGACAAUUCAUGUUUGAAAACUGCUGACAGGGUGAAGAAAGCCCAGUGUAAAAAUGAAUCGCGUUUUAAGUGAUUCAGUUUAAGGGUUUGGGCUCCCGUAAGCAAACUAAUACUAGAUAAUAAGGAAAUGGGGGUGAGAUAUUUUUUUAUUACUGUUAAAUCAUUUUGUGAAUGUCCCCCUCAAAGGAAGCUAAUGGAAUAUUUGGCAUAAAGGGCAUUUGGUGGUUUUAUUUUUGUUUGGGGGGGUGGUUGUCAGAAAAUCCUUUUUCUUAUGUCUAACUGACUAGGGAACAAUUGUUGAUAUGCAUAGCAUUGGAAUACUUAUCACCAUAUACGCUCAUAAAUAACACAAGAAACAAGAAUGACCAAUAUUCUAAUAAUUGGCACUGGGUCACAAAAUAAGAUGUGAUAAAAAUUUAAAUUUAUAAAACUUUAUCAAAUAAAGUUUUAUUUUCUCCAUUAAAGUAUUUCUUUACUGUCUUAUUUAGAGGCAUUACUUUACUCUUUCCUAAAUAUUGGUCAAUUCCUGACAUAAGAUGUGAGGUUCACAGUUGUAUUCAAGUAUUCAAGAUAGAUUCCUGAUUUUUCAAUUAGGAAAAGUAAAAUCCAAAAUGGUAGCAAAACCAAGUGCAAUAUUAAAUGUUUGCUUUAUAGUUCAUACUCUAUGGCUAUUCUGUAAAUUUUUCCCCCUUUUUUUAUUUGGUGCUGAAUAUGUCCUUGUAGGCUCUGUUUUAAGAAAACAAUAUGUGGGAAGUGAUUUAAUUUUUCCUAUUGCUCUUCCUUGUGGAAAAUAAAGUGUUUUGUUUUCUCUUUUUUGUAAAAUUGUUCGGAGGUUUAUUUGAAUCCUGAUCAUACUGGUAACGCAUGAUGCAAGCAUGCACUACAGUUAAACUCUGUUUUAAGCCGUUCUGGAUAAGAGUUAAACUUCUAGAUCUCUACUAAAGAAAAUUACUGAAGCCUUAGAAUUUUUAAUACUAAUCAUUAUUGUUUUACUUAAUUCACUAAGUUAUCAACAUUUAUAAAACUUUUAAUUUAGAUUUAUAAAUGUCAGUAUUGUAUAGGAACCAAACUUAACCAAGUAAAGUAUUUCACUUUAAGGUACCAGUUUACUUCCUGUGAUAUGUCCAACUUACCAGUAUAUUGUUAAAAGAAUGUAUAAGUCUUAGAGUAGUUGGUAAAGUUAGGAGUACUUUUGGAAUCACAUUUAGAAUUAAUCUUUCAGUGUUCCAUACAUUCACAUUCAUGUAUGAGCUAUCAAGUUGUAUAUGUGCCUUAUAUGAUUCUCGCGUAUUUCUCCCCAAACGUAUACAGUUACAAAGGCAUCUAGACGAUACAUUUUGUUCACAUAAUGACUUGAUUUUACAGUAUAUUGUUAUUCUCAACUAAGAGCCAGCAAUAUACACAACGUCUUAAUACAAUAAGGAAUAAAAGUGUGGAGGAAGAGGAAUUAAAUGACUAGAAGAGGAAACCUAGGUUCUGGGUUCUACAACUUCGUAUGUGGCCUUGAAGAUACGUGAGUUUUGCUUUCUUCAUCUAUAAAGUGAAUAGUUUAUACAAGACCGUUUUCACCACUGAAGGUACGAGGUUAUAAUGCAGCUUUUAGGUAAGGAAAUGCUUCAAAUCAACUGUUAGAACAAAGUGGAAACAGAACACGCUGCUUCUAAGUUGACAUUGAAUUUUAGACCUAGAGUACAUUAUCUCUUGGGUUACAUAAGGGCUACAAUGUGUUAUCUUGGAAAAGAGCCCUGGUGGUGCAGUGGUUAAAGUACUCAGCUGCUAACUGAAAGGUCAGUGGUUUGAACCCAUCAGCAGCUCUGCAGGAGAAAGAUGUGGGAGUCUGCUUCCAUAAGGACUACAGCCUCAGAAACCCUAUGGGGCAUUUCUAUUCUGUCCUAAAGGGUUGCUAUGAGUUGGAAUCUAUUCAACAGCAACGGGUUUGGUUUCUGGUGUUCCCUUGCUCUGCUUUUGCAUUAAUUCAGCUACUCAAAAUUACCCUUGUCAUUAAUUAUAAUUUAUUGAGUGGCUAAGCUCAACAUGUUUAUCAGGACUUUUAAUUUUAAGAGAGAGAAACUUGAACUAGCAAAGUAAAAAAAAACAAUGUAUUUGCUAAUCCAUGGAUAAACUAAUUUUAAGCACAUCUGGAUCCAGGAAUCCAAACAAUGUCCUGGGGAUACACUGUUUUGUCUUUCAUCUUUGUUCACUUAUCCUGUUUUCAUAUUGACCUUACUCUUUCACAUUAGAUGGACCAGGAAAUAUGACCCCAGUUAUUAUAGCUCAUAGAAGAAAUAUCUGGAGUCCCCAGAUCACUUCUUAGGGAAGAUUCUGGUUGCCUGAGUCACAUAUCAUACCACACAGAAUGAGUUUCCCAAUAAAAAGAGUUGUUCUAUUUCCAGAUGAAGGGAGAAAAGAGUUCCCCACAUUCUUGCUAUUUCAAGUGUUGUUCAAAACAGCAGGAAGGGCAUCACCUGUGAGCUCUUCAGAAAAGCAGAAUAUCAGGACCUACCCCAGAAUAUUGGUCCAGAAUCUACCUGUAUACAUGAUCAGUAUUAAAAUUUGAAAGCUCUGCAGUACACAAUGGAAAAGUAAAACAUGAAAAUACUGAAUAGGUAACUUUGUUUUCAUGAAUUCCAAGCUACCACUGAGUUGAGGAUUUGUGACACUUAAGUGAAAAAUAAUCACGCCAUUUUUAAUCCCAAAGCAUAUUUAUGGCUUGAUUUUUUUUUUUAAUAAUAUUUUAUUGAGUUUUUGGCGAAAGUUUA